CAGUGCUCCCUACCCCACUGAGCCGUGCUACCUCACGGGUGCCACCAUGACAGGCAGCUACUGUGUCUCGGUGCUCCUGGCCGCCUGGCUCGCGGCCGCAGCGGCGGAGAGUCUCGAGCAGGCCGCGCCGCCGGUGGAGGAGAGCCGGGUGCAGCCCAUGACCGCCUCCAACUGGACGCUAGUGAUGGAAGGCGAAUGGAUGCUGAAAUUUUAUGCCCCAUGGUGUCCAUCUUGCCAGCAGACUGAUUCUGAAUGGGAGACUUUUGCCAAGAAUGGUGAAACACUCCAGAUCAGUGUGGGAAAGGUGGAUGUCAUUCAAGAACCAGGUUUGAGUGGCCGCUUCUUUGUUACUACUCUCCCAGCAUUUUUUCAUGCAAAAGAUGGGAUAUUCCGCCGUUACCGUGGCCCAGGAAUCUAUGAAGACUUACAGAAUUACAUCUUAGAGAAGAAGUGGCAAUCAGUUGAGCCUCUAACUGGCUGGAAGUCCCCAGCUUCUCUAACGAUGUCUGGGAUGGCUGGUCUUUUUAGCAUCUCUGGCAAGAUUUGGCACCUUCACAACUAUUUCACAGUGACUCUUGGAAUUCCUGCCUGGUGUUCUUACAUCUUUUUCGUCAUUGCCACUUUGGUGUUUGGCCUGUUCAUGGGUCUGGUCCUAGUGGUGAUUUCAGAAUGCUUCUAUGUGCCACUUCCAAGAGCUUCAUCUGAACGUUCUGAGCAGGACCAGAGGCCAGAGGAGGUACAAGGAGCUGAUCAGCUGCAGGAUGCAGAGGAAGAUAAGGAUGACUCAAAUGAAGAAGAAAACAAAGACAGUCUUGUGGAUGAUGAGGAAGAGAAAGAGGACCUCGGCGAUGAGGACGAAGCAGAGGAAUACGAGGAAGAGGACAACCUGGCAGGCAGCAUGGAUGAGGAGAGAAGUGACGCUAAUGACCACGGAGUACUGCACGAGGGCAGUGUUUCCCCGGGGGACCUUGAGCCUGGUGAAGCUCACUCAGCUGACACACAGGAGUUGGCGGAAGACUCACUGAGGCAGCGGAAGAGUCAGCAUGCAGACAAGGGACCAUAGGUUUCAUGAUGCCAUUUCUACAAGUACAGGCCAGAAAAAUAUGUCUGCUUUUCUCUGGUUUGUAGAUUAAGCCAAAUCCUUAGUUUUUAUUUAUUGUUUUCCUGAAAGAGUGAUGUUCACUCUUAAAAAAUGAUCUCUCCUCCUGUGGUCACAUGGUAGUAAACCUCUGUGUCCUAAAGAGAGUCAGAGACAGCACUCAGCCACCAUGGUGUAAGGAUCUUUGUGGGAAUUUAGAUGGAGAACAAGUUGAUAUACCUGGGGGCCAAAGAGUCAACCAGAGGACCCCUCUCUAGUCCUCCAUAGCACCUUUAGAAAUGAGGCUGCUGGCCUAAAAAUAGUGAGAGCAAAGCCACGUUACUCCUGAGUAUCCUUGAAGUACAGGAAGAGUCUUCAUUGUUAAGCAUUUGUUUUUGUCAUGUAAGAAACACUGGGUACCACAUCCCCUCCAGACACUCUCUUGGGGCUAGAAAUUCUAGAGACCUAUCUGUAGAUACAACUUCAGAAAAAGAGGAAGGAGAAGAAGGAGAAGCAGCAGCAGCAGCUAGGGAGUCAUCUGAGCUCUCUUCGUCUCUGUUGUCUUUCAUUUCUUACCUUUAAUUUCUGUGACUUCUGCACUGUGGGACUGAGGAAUACCACAUUUCCUAACUGCUCUUUAGUGAGAGCAGCAGACAGCAGGAGUCUGUCUCCAUUACCCUUACUCGAUUUAAAGCUAUAGGUAAUCAAUCAUGGCUGAUGAGGCUAAAACUGCUAAGGAUCUCAAAGCACUGCUGUAAUCUUUGGCAGUUCAGAAGGUAGUAGGGGUUUCGUGGGACAGUUGUAAACAAACCACAGCUGGUUUUGGUCAGCCUGUAGUACUUCCAGGAUCACUUCUUCAAGGGUUCCUUUAGCCAUGUUCUUUGUUUUACUGAACUCCAAAGUGCUUUGUCUUGUUAAAGAAGGUUGUUCUGUGAAGCUGACUUCAGGUCUGUGUUGUUUAGUUUCUAUCUCAAGGGGUUCUUUACCUCUGGAGCCACUUUAAUAAUAACUGGAAAGCAUGCCUGCUUUUCUUUUAGUGAUGUGCUUUAGGUGAAAAUUGAUGAAAGUCCAUAUCAAGAGAUGAAAGGUGUGAUGUUUUUUCCAUCUUCCUUAAUCCUCUGGAGAACUGUAUUGUUACAAAUUUCUCCCUACUCAAUCUGGUAUCAGUAUCAAGGGAAACCAGAUUCUUUAAAAACAUCUCUAAUCUCCUCUCCUACCCUUUCAUUAUCUUUAGAAUAAAUUUAUAAAAUUAGAUUCUAGAUAUAUGAAAGAUGCAUAUACAUAAUGAGUUGAGUCAGAAUAAUGAGUACAGGUUUUUUAAGAAGGGAUGUGUAUUAUACCUCUCUGACUGUUUAUAUAACCCUUUCUCUGCAUUAGCUGCUAUCAGGAGGCUCAAAGGUGGUAGGUUCAGAAUCUGCCUUCCUGUACUGCAUGAGGCUGCUACAAACCUUGCACAAAGGCAAAUUUUAUUGUGACAAUCCAUUCUUUAUAAAUGUUUUUAUUUCAUCUUUGUAACUUUGUUAGCUGUCAACUCAAGGCUGAGGCCACCACAGAACUGAAGGGAGACCUUUCUGCCCUCCCUUGUUCCUGCCCUCCAACAUAUCUUGACUUAAAAAGCAGUGGUUCUGUGGUGGCUGUUAUCUUCCUGCUAGAGCUGAGAUUCAGCUUCUCUUCUACCCAUGCGUUUCCUUCCCUUGUAAUUAGAUGCAUGGAGUGCUCAAGGAAUAAAUUAAGCUCAGAGUAGUGGGCAAGGGAAGGCUCCCUGUCUCUGCUCUAUGUAGUACCCCUGCCUCCUCUAAAUUGAAGUACUGGGUUUGACUGCGAUGUUUGACUAGAGGGAAGGCUUGAAGAAUUAAUCUGCCUUGACUUUUAGAAAUGUUUCAAAAACAGUUUCUAAUUGGACUCUGAAUAGUACCUAAUGUACCAUGAGAUAAUAUAUUUCCUUUCUUAAUAAUACAUAUAAUAAAUAGGAGGAUGGGGAAAAAAGUCAAGAAGAGAGUCCAGUUCAGUAAAAUUAUAUUUAUCUAUAGGAGUCAUUUUUCCUAGCCUUUCCCCUUUUUAACAUCCUGGCAAAAAUUGGGUUUCUAGUAAAUAGUCAAUACUAUUUACUAGUCUAGUAAAUAGUAAGUACUAAUUUAAUUUCUUUCCAUUUGAAGCCUUUAGGUUUAUUUUCAAUAUUUAGUUGAUAUAAAAUUAAAGGAGAAAAGUCAACUGAAAAUUAGAUCAGUAUUUAAUAUACUUUAUUUUUGUGUACAUAGCAAACUUAAUGCAGAAGUGCAUGGAAACAUGAUUUUAUAAAACAAAACUAACCAUGCUUCUCCUCCACUGCCAUAUCUGCUAUUUAAUUGUAGAAUACUAUUUUCUGUAUGUUAUAAUUGUGCAAAUGAGAUAGUGAUAGUAGAACAGGAAUGUACAGUGCUUUGUGUACAGGUAGUUAGAGUAAGGUGCCUUGUUCUUUAUUGGAAUACCUGAAAAUUCCACUUACCUCUUUUUUAAAAUUUCUUUUACUGUUUGCCUCCUUAUCUGUGCUGAACCAUGCCAGAUUGCUUAGACUCUCAUGGAGGCAAUGCACAGGCAAUUUCACUUUCUUGUUGUUGUUAUUAUUGUGUUUUGAGGAUAAUCAUGAAACAGGUAAGGGGUGGCUCAUUCACUUCACAGCCAUUGAACUGCAUGGCAUUCAGUACAAUCUCAUUUGUACGUAGGAUCUGUACCUGUUAUCCAUAAUAACUAGUGCAAUAGAAGGUAAACAAGUUUGAGACAGAUCAGCUCUGGGCAAGUGAGAAAGGCUCAUAUUUACUUUUUAGGUCCAGUCCCCUGGCUGAUAAGAUAUUGUCACAUGGUUUGAGUGUAUGUAAGCUUGAAACAUCUGUUGGAGAUGAUUAAAAUGCUCGUUAAGGGGUAUCUACCAUGUGGUAGUUUGUAAGAUGGGAAAAAAUACAGUCCAGAGGGAAGUUUUAACGGACCGAAAAGGGUGAAUGAUAUUUCCACAUAAAAUCCUAAGCCUGAAGUGAGAGAAAGAGGGGAGAUUAGUGCUUCUUUGUUGAUGUGUACAGGUUUUCUGUGUUCUUUCUUGUAGUGUCCUGCUGCUAUUUCUGCCAGUAUUGUGAUUGACUAGCCUGUCAGAUCUGUCAGCUGUUUGCAAAGUGUAUGUGUAAGUCUUGUGCCAACAGGGAUUCUCCCAGGGUUGUGUCUUUCUUUACCUCAUUCUUGGACUUGGUCCUCUUGAGAUUGUAGCUUGUCUGACAGCAGCCAAGGUGGAGUCUGAUAGAAGCUGCUGGGUCGGUUCUUUGAGCAGCUACCCAAAGCAGGUAGUUCAACUGAGAAACCCUGGACAGCUCCAGCCUAGCACAUGGACCUCCGAGGCGUAUUUUCUAAAGUGUGUAGAUGGUGAUUCUGUUCCCAUGUGGCUCUGACUUAUUUCUUAUGUGGUUGAAUUAAAAUUCAAAUAAAUUUGUUUCUAGACAGCUUUGUAGAAAUGCAAUUUUAUACUAAAAUCUGUUCAUUUGUAAGUCAAUACAUUAUAAAAUGGUUGUGUUUAUUCUUUGUAUUAGUUUUGAUUAUUUAUCUCAGUGUAUUUAUUUUUCUUUGCCUAUGUAUUCUGUGCUCACAAAUAGAUGUGUAGCAACUGAAAUGAGAAAUCAUUAUAUCAUUUCAAGUACUACAUUGCCUGCAUUACAAAUGCUCUGAUCAGAGAAUUGUGUAUAACCCUGACCUACAUAUUGCCAUUUGAUUGUCAAGUUACAUUUGUGUCAAAACCAAUUAAUGGUAGUGAUGACCAAGUGAAACAGAAUGUGUACUGCUUUUUCAUAUAAAUAUUUUCACACAAAAAGUAUUUGUGGAGGCAGUUGAAAAUACUACUUUGUUAAGAAAACAA